UUGUUUCCUUACAUAUAAAAGCCAUUCCACAUUUCACAAUUAGAGAGGCACAUGGUUUUUGCAAACAUGGCAAAUUACUUGAACUCCACAGAAGCCAUACUCAUGGGUGCUCUCUCCACUCUCCCUCCUCCCCAUCUCUCUCACCUCUCCCACUCCAUCUCCGCCCUCUUCCGGCGCCACCUCCGCCGCCUCGUGGCCCUCCUCUCCUACCCGACCCUCUUCACCCUGACUCUCCGCCACCUCCAAUCCCUCUCCCUCCACCACAAGUCCCUCCUCGUCGCCCGCCACCUCCUCUCCAACCUCACCCUCCUCACCCACGCCAUCCGAAACCCCACCGCCGCCCCUCCGCCGCCGCCCUCCGCCGCCCACAUGAAGCUCAGAGACCUCGACGCCGUCCUCCUCCUCCUCCUCCUCUGCGAGCUCCACCAGCACGACCCCAACUUCCUCGACGCCCCGCCCUCGUGGUGGCGCGCCAUCCUCGCCGGCUACGUCUCCGACGCCGUCCUGAGGCUCUCGAGACUCGGCGGCUGCUCCGACGGAGAGGCUCUGGUCCAGUUCGUCGAGUCCGUGAGAAGAUGCUGGAAUUUGGUGGGCGUGAUGGGAUGCGGCGGCGGCGGGGAGGAGGGGAAGGAGGGGAGGGAGGAGGCGGCGUCGGCGGCGGCGGUGGUGGCGCUGCCGUCGGUGGUGGUGAAGGGAGGGGAGGAGUGUGUGAUAUGUAGGGAGGAGAUGAGGGAAGGGAGAGAUGUGUGUGAGUUGCCAUGCAACCAUUUGUUUCAUUGGAUUUGCAUAUUGCGGUGGCUCAAGAAGAGGAAUACUUGCCCUUGCUGCCGCCACCGCCUCCCCACCGACGAUCUCCGCCGCGAGAUCGACCGCCUCUUGGAGGAGCUCGCCGUGAUCGCCUCUUGUGAGAGUACAUGAGUUUUCCAAUUACUAAAUGUAAUGUGUGAUGAGAUAUUGUGAAAUUCAUUGCGAAAUCAGUUAGAUGGAAUGGUAUAAUAGAAUUAGAGAUGAUGAUGUAAAUCAUGUAACAAUGCAUUAUUAGAAUUACGCAGUGUAGUUUUUUUA